UGGUCUGUUGUUCAGUCAUAGUCGAUCCAGCAGUGAACAUGGAUACUAAACUGGUUUUCGUUUUUGUGGUCUUGGCGGUUGCUUUUGUGGUCACAUCACCGGUUGAGCAGAAGCCGUUUGAUUGUUCCGCCAACGAGAAGUAUUUCAAGUGCAACCUGGAGGUCUGCCAGAAGACCUGCGCGGACCUGGUGAACCCCCCUCCGUGCCCCAACAUCUCUCCCGACUGCUAUAAGCCCAGCUGCGAGUGUGUAGAUGGAUAUCUCCGGAACGGCGACGGUGUGUGUGUGCUGGAAGAUAAGUGCUAACUUGUGCUGAGUUUCCGUUCACCGAAUCGACAAUAUCGACACAAAAUGAUUGUUAAUGGUAUCAAUUGUAAAUAAAUAUAAACUUCU